ACCUCCUCAUCACACAUGUCAAACUCAAAUGUUCGUCGUUAAUGUCUCAGUGCUGUAAAUCUUCAGAUAGAGACACCACCACACGGAGCCAUGGAGAAGUUUGCCUUUCUUUUGCUUUUUCUACUUGAUGUUCUGGUGUGUUUGGGUACCGGUCAACAACAUUUACGCGCGAGUGUCGGACCUUGGAAACACCGGAUUCAGUGGGAGAAUAACGGUCAGCUGUACAGUUUACUGAGCACGGGGACUCAAUAUCGCUCCCCCGCACAAACUAGAAGACGCACCCAGCUUUUACUAACAACUAACAAUUUUAACCGAGUUAACCCUUCCGUUACACCCAGUAGAUCCACGAGAACCAGGUCAAACCUCGAGGACGCAGCCCGGGUUCACCCUCACCAAAACGACCUCAGUCAAAUGGAUGCAUCAGUUCUCGGUGCUGAUGAGGGUCCGUAUUUACUCGCCUCGGGACGACCAGGGACACCAACUCAGUCGCCGCCGCGCGUGACCUUUCCCGUGGCUUUGAGAUACCGUUCACACCACACUCCGUCAAAUAAUAGCGCCACCCAGGAGUUCUCCGGCAGCGGAAUCCCACGCGGAGGCCGGAGUGCAACCGGAGAUGAUGCCGGUGCACAACAGGCCCCUGUCCCGCCGGCAAGAUCACCGGACUUUACGCACAGCCGAGGCGGCCAGAUAAGAUCUGAGAACUCGGAUUCAACUGCCGGGUCACCUGCUACGUCUGGACAGGUCACCAUGGCCGAGGAUAGUGAGAACUUACAACGCAUCCCGCAGCAAAACGCUCGCAGUGCGCACAGAGCGCAGUCACUGACCAGAGUCACACCUGAGUUAAAUGUUUCUCCCACAGCGCUGUCCAGUAAUGCUGUAGAAAUACACUUUCCUCGUCCAAGGCCGGAUACAACACGGACUGCAGACAUGAGCGACCCACGAGAUCCACACAGCAUUCAUCACAGGAACUCGGUUUUCUAUAAUGUUUACCCACCAGACCGCAGAAACAGGAUCACUGCGCGCCCUCCACCAGGAACCGGCUAUGGCACCAGAUUCUUCCACAAUGGUCUCCCAGACUUGGUUCCUGACCCUUAUUACAUCCAAGCUGCCUCUUACAUCCAGAGAGUGCAGAUGUAUGCACUUCGCUGUGCUGCUGAGGAGAACUGUCUGUCCAGGUCUGCGUAUCAUCCGAGUGUGAGCGACCUUGACUACAGAGUCCUGCUGCGGUUCCCACAGCGAGUGAAGAACCAAGGAACAGCGGACUUCCUCCCGGUGAAGCCCAGGCAUGAGUGGGAAUGGCACAGCUGUCACCAGCAUUACCACAGUAUGGAGGCCUUUAGUAACUACGACCUGCUGGACGUCUCCACUGGACAGAAGGUGGCUGAGGGACACAAGGCCAGUUUCUGUCUGGAGGACACCUCAUGUGACCCGGGAAUAAGACGGCGCUUUGCCUGCACUGCUCACACACAGGGGCUCGGUCCUGGUUGCUACGAUACAUAUCACGCAAACAUUGACUGCCAGUGGAUUGACAUCACUGAUGUACCACCUGGAAACUACAUACUCAAGGUGACAGUGAACCCAUCUCAGCUGGUCCAGGAGUCUGAUUUUUCCAACAACGAGGUUCUCUGCGACAUCAGGUACACAGGAAUCUACGUCCAGGCACGGAACUGCAGGAUUACUGCAAGCUGACGUGACUGAAGACAAAUAUUUCCCCACAGAAAUAUAUAUUAAUACUUUCUUGUUGCUCUCAGUGUACAGUUGCUACUCUGUUGUGCAGCUUAAAUGUUUACUAUUACCUAAAUUUGUUUGUUUGUAUUUAUAACAUAUAAUAUAUUGUAGCUACAGCCAUGCUGGGUAGAUGUUAUCUUUGUUGUAAUUCAUUUUCACUGGGUUUUUUUUAAGCAAUGCAAAAUUUCAGGACCUUGACGAAAGCGUGUUACCAUAAUUUACAAACGUGAAAAAAAGAAAAGAAAUUAAAACUCAAAAGAAAUUGUUUCAUUCAUACUUUACAGACUGGAAUGGUGCUUAUAUUGAAGGAAACGGUGGUGCUCUUCUCCCCUGAAAUAUAACAUUUUGUCAUAUUAGAUAAAAUUUCUGAUGUUUAAUGACCAAAUAUGUAUAAGUGCUAUUACAAUAUAGAAAGAGCAAAUACUCUACUACUAAUGUGUGUAUUUACAGCAAUAAUUCUGUGCAGAUUUCCCCAGCACAGUGUCAAUGACAAUGUGAAGUUUGUCUAGUGAAAUGGUUUUGAAUGCUUGAAAGGUUUUCAGCGUUUUUAUCGUAUUUUAUAAUAAAGUUUGUUUUUUAUUUCUAGAAACCAAA